UUGAUGCCAAUAUGAAUCCAAUUGGUGAAGAGAAGGACAGAUUCAUUAGCUAUAUAGGCUCCGUUGCCCGAAGCAAAGUUAAUAUUCUAUGGCCUAAUUGGAAGUCAAUUUCUAAGGAGACGAAGGAUAGGAUUUGGGAAUAUAUUUUGCAAACGUAUGACAUCCCUCGUACUGAGCAAAUGAAAAAGCAUUUGUUGCAGCAAGUUCGUCAGCGCUGGAAAGAUUUUAAGCACACACUCACGAGCCAGUAUGUGCGAGGGCCUAAGAAAGAUGAUGAUCCGUGCGAAAAAUACUCCUUCCUUGAUCCAGAUGAUUGGAGGAGGAAUUAAGUGCGAUGAAUAAAGAAAGGCAAGCUAAAAAUUUAUAUCCGCACUAUUUAUCCCGUGGAGGUUACAAGAUGCUUGAGGAGAGGAUCAUGCAGAAUGACUUUAAGGCGAUGCAGGAAGCUGCAAAAUCUGAUCCUAGUAUCGUUGUUCAGACCCCACCUCCUCCUCCACGUCAUAGAAAAUGGAAGGAAGCAAGGAUGAAGAAGGGUCAAUAUAU